AUGGCCAUUUUCUAUGUCAAGCAGUUCAGAGUGCUUCUGGCUCUUGUGCUCCCUCUGUUGGCUGGGAGUGCCUCAGUUUCUCAGACCGACUGCUCUGAUGUCUCCACUAAUGCGACACUGAAUGGUGUUUACACCAUCUACCCUGCAGGUGACACACCUGUACAGGUGUACUGUGAUGUGGGCUGUGAUGGACAAGUAGAGUAUAAGAAGUGGACGGUGAUUCAGAGAAGAAUGGAUGGCAGUGUGAACUUCUACAGACCAUGGGAGCAGUACAAGAAAGGAUUUGGGAACUUGAAUGGAGAAUUCUGGCAGGGAUUAGAGACUCUCUACCAGCUCACCAGCAAGAAAACGUAUGAGCUGAGAGUGGACAUGGAGGACUUUGAGGGAGCGAAGGCUUAUGCCCUGUACUCUUCUUUCUCUGUGGAAUCUGAAGCCAACGGCUACAAACUCAACGUUGCUGGAUUCUACAAUGGAGGAGCAGGUGACUCACUGGAAUACCAAAAUGGACAGAAGUUCUCCACCUUUGACAAUGACCAGGACUCUAGUAGUGAUAACUGUGCUAAACUCUACCUCGGAGCAUUUUGGUACAAUACUUGCCACCAUGCUAACCCCAACGGUAUAUAUGUGUGGGGACAGCACGGUAAACAUAAUGCUAUUGGAAAUGUGUGGUCCCACUUUAAAGGCUAUGAGUAUGGUCUCAAGUUCAUCAGUAUGAAGAUCAGACCUGUGGCUUAGAUCUAUAUGAUGCGUUCCUC